AAUAGAACCAGCCCUGAAAUCAGCCUCUGCCCCGCUGGCCCUACUCUGGUACCAGCAGCGCCCAGUAGCAUACACAGCCGCGUGCGCCUCCACCUCCGUCCGCAGGUGUCGCUGUGGAUGCCGCGGCUGGGCCCCUCUAGGCGGUGACGGCGGCACCGGAAGUCUCGUUUUUGCCCACUUCCGCUCUCUGGCCGGGCUUGGGCUGCGUGGAGAAUACUUUUUGCGAUGCCUACUGGAGACUUUGAUUCGAAGCCCAGUUGGGCCGACCAGGUGGAGGAGGAGGGGGAAGACGACAAAUGUGUCACCAGCGAGCUCCUCAAGGGGAUCCCUCUGGCCACAGGUGACACCAGCCCAGAGCCAGAGCUACUGCCGGGAGCUCCACUGCCGCCUCCCAAGGAGGUCAUCAACGGAAACAUAAAGACAGUGACAGAGUACAAGAUAGAUGAGGAUGGCAAGAAGUUCAAGAUUGUCCGCACCUUCAGGAUUGAGACCCGGAAGGCUUCCAAGGCUGUCGCAAGGAGGAAGAACUGGAAGAAGUUUGGGAACUCAGAGUUUGACCCCCCCGGACCCAAUGUGGCCACCACCACUGUCAGUGACGAUGUCUCUAUGACGUUCAUCACCAGCAAAGAGGACCUGAACUGCCAGGAGGAGGAGGACCCCAUGAACAAACUCAAGGGCCAGAAGAUCGUGUCCUGCCGCAUCUGCAAGGGUGACCACUGGACCACCCGCUGCCCCUACAAGGACACGCUGGGGCCCAUGCAGAAGGAGCUGGCUGAGCAGCUGGGCCUGUCUACCGGCGAGAAGGAGAAGCUGCCGGGAGAGCUAGAGCCGGUGCAGGCCACGCAGAACAAGACAGGGAAGUACGUGCCGCCGAGCCUGCGUGACGGGGCCAGCCGCCGCGGGGAGUCCAUGCAGCCCAACCGCAGAGCCGACGACAACGCCACCAUCCGUGUCACCAACUUGUCAGAGGACACGCGUGAGACCGACCUGCAGGAGCUCUUCCGGCCUUUCGGCUCCAUCUCCCGCAUCUACCUGGCUAAGGACAAGACCACUGGCCAGUCCAAGGGCUUCGCCUUCAUCAGCUUCCACCGCCGCGAGGAUGCCGCACGUGCCAUUGCCGGGGUGUCCGGCUUUGGCUACGAUCACCUUAUCCUCAACGUCGAGUGGGCCAAGCCGUCCACCAACUAAGCCAGCUGCCACUGCGUGCUCAGCCCAGGACCCUUGGUGACAGAAGGCAGCCUCCGAGAGCACGGGCUCCAAAGGCAAUAAAGCAGCUCCACUCUC